AUGGCGCUUCUCGACAGAGUUCAAGCAGACUUGGACUUCUACAUCGGCGGUCUGUUUACGUUGCGCCGCAAAGAAGCGCUGCACGACGCCGGAAUCACUCAUGUGCUGUCUAUCCUAAAAUUCAAGCCCGAUGAGAGACAAUUCGCAGGCUUCACACACAAAGUCGUAGAAGUUGAUGAUGUUGAUGACGAAAAUCUGCUGGAGCAUUUCGAGGCCACCAACAAAUUCAUUCAGGAUGGACUCGAUGCCGGCGGCGGAGUUCUCGUCCACUGUGCAAUGGGCAAGUCGCGGUCCGCAACAUGUGCGUGUGCCUAUCUGAUACACCGAUAUGGGAUCAGCCCUGACGAGGCAUUGGCGAGGAUACGUGAGAGCAGGCCACUUUGUGAACCGAACGAAGGCUUCUGGAAACAAUUGGAGCUGUACCAUGAGAUGGGCGCUCCUGACAAUGUCCAAGACGUCCCUGCCUAUCAACGAUGGGUAUAUCAGCAAGAAAUUGCUUUGAGUCGUGCCUGCGGACAGGCUCCUGAAGCAGAAAAGAUCAGGUUCGAAGACGAACACUCCGGAGGCGCUGGUUCUGCGGAUUACGAAAUGCGCUGCAGGAAGUGCAGGCGUGCAUUGGCCACUUCACAAUAUCUAAUCAACCACAAACCCUGCCAAGUGCAGGAUGGCACUUCUGGUCCCGAAUCGAAGGCCACAUCACCUGCAUGUGCGCACUACUUCCUGGAUCCACUCUCCUGGAUGCGAUCUGAGCUUGAGCAGGGCAAGCUGGAUGGUCGCCUGGAGUGCCCGAAGUGCAAGACCAACGUUGGAAAGUAUGCGUGGCAGGGAAUGCAGUGUAGCUGCGGAGAUUGGGUUGUGCCUGGCAUUAGUCUUGCAAAGGGAAGAAUCGAUGAGUGCCCAUACAAGUUCGCCACUAUUCCCACGAAGACACAGAAUGCUGGUUAUCGGCGCUAUGGGCUCAAUGCCGUCCCAGUCGUUGUUAACAUAGACCUCGUUGGCAUGGGUGGACUACGCUAG